UGGGGAUAAGUGCAUUCAGAAUGUCGCGAAGAAGGCAAGCAGAGUCUAGACAGGUAGGUCUAUACGCGCAGACAUCAUACAAUCCAUCAACCACGUAGUAUGUAUGCCAUCCACAAAACACCCGCACGCCACACGCAGGCAGGCGCCGGGUCGGAGAGUGCUUACACCGCACACACACACGCACACACACACACACCACUCACGCGCACACGCACACACGCAGAGGUCUGCAAAACGCCCCGGCCCCCUGCAGCAGCCAAGUCGACUACAAAGGAUCGAUCACUCGUGUGAAUUAUGAACAACAAAAGGAAUCAGCAGCAGCAGCAGCAGCAUCCACACACAUCAAGGACGUAUCGCAUCAGGGAGGCACGCAGCACACGCAGACGACAUCAGCCAGGCAGGACCGCGACCACAUCUGUCUGUACACUCGCUCGCUCAGCCAAGCCACAAAUCAAUCCGUCUAUACCAACCCCAUGUCGUGCUGCGAUCCAUGUCAGUCAGUGUCAUACUCACAUAAAAGGGUCUGACUCCCAACCAACCAACCAACCAACCACCGUGUGAAUGACCCUGACAAAACCGCCCCUUUUCCCUCCCUCCCUCUCUCUCUCUCUCUCUCUCUCCCUCCCCCUCCCUGUCUGUCUGUCCUUCGACAGCACAUCCAAUCCAUCAGCCCAGUAUUUCCCCCACCCCCCACGCCCACGCCACGUGUGUCAUGCUAUAAGGCACGGCACUGCGAUUGUGAGAACAGAGAGCCAUAAAAGCCACAAGGACGGCCGCCUGAAGGCGGGCAUCGUGCUGCUGAUCAGCGACCUGACCACAGACAAAGUGAGUGACACAAACACACAGCACAGCAACACAUAACAUCAGAAAAUGAGUGUGUGCGUCAGGCACCUGGCCUCACUCCCUCACUCACUGACCUGUGCAGGUAUGUGAAGCAGUACUCCAGCUCACGGCAGUCCUCAAAAUUCCCCGCGUCGUCGUCACGCAGGCCUUCGAAGCCGAACAUACUCACACCCCUCAGCUCACACGAAUACACACCACCACCAACACCACCACUGUCACUGUCACUGCUGCUGCUACUGCUGCUGCUGCUGCUGCUGUUGGUCGAUAAAUCAUCGUCCAUCGACCUAGGCUCCGCCCCCUCCCUGCCGAACGUCACACCGAGGCACCUCUGUGUGGUGACGGCCGUGCUGGUCGGGUGGACGCACCUGUCCAGGCAGUGUGUGUCGACCAUGGCCAGAGCCUCAGGGAGGGAGGGGCUCAGCCGCACAGUGUCAAUGUGGGUGCCGUCGGUCCAUCUGGUAAGGUAGAUGGCCUCCAUCUCCCGCCGGCUGGGCAUCGUCACGCUGGUGCUGUCACUCAAGGCCAGCACGUCCCUCCCCCUACCGUCCCGGUUGACAUAGAGAGUGGCCUUCUCAGACACCGACAGGGAGAGCCGCCGCUCGUGUGAGCCCAUGGCGUCCAUCUCCAGUGUGACCAUCUCGCCCGGCCGGCCAUCUCUAUCGCCACCUGUGGGUGGUGUUGGCGGGGUCUCAGCCCCGCCUGUAAGGGGCUGCUCUCGCGAGAAGUUGAUCUUGAUAAGGGUCCAGGAGGCCAGAAAGAGGCAGCUGAAGCUGAAGAAGCCCUUAUACACCAUCGGCAGCCAUCCCAAGAGGGAUUCCGGAAGAG